ACUGCCCCUGCUGCUUCUUGGCUUCUUUCUUGAGCUCAGAGGCCUUGAGUCUGGGUGCAUAGCCUCCUCCUUUCUUAGACACUCAGGAGUCUGCAUCAGCAGCCUCUUUAGCCCCUGAACCCAGAAGCCCAGCACUCACCCCCAUGGAGCCCUGCCGAUCCCUGGCCCUGCUCACUGGCUCCCUGGGCCUGAUGUCCUCCCUGAUUGCCCUGAGCACUGAUUUCUGGUUUGUGGCUAUGGGGCCCUCCAGCUCAGCUCACUCGGGUCUCUGGCCAACAGAACAUGGGGUCCCUGUAGCAGUCUACAUCCAUGUGACGCAGGGGUUCUGCAUUUUGGCCACCCUGUGGGGCCUGGUAUCCUUGGGCUUCCUGGUCCUGUCCUGCAUUCCCUCACUGUCUGUGCCGGGCCGUGGUCCCCUUGUCGCAACCAUCACAGCCUUUGCUGCAGGCCUCUCCAUGAUGCUGGCCAUGGCGGUGUACACCAUUGAACGGUGGGAACAGCCUUCACAUCCCCAGAUCCAAACCUUCUUCUCCUGGUCCUUCUACCUGGGCUGGGUCUCGGCAAUCUUCCUGCUCUGUACAGGUGCCCUGAGUCUGGGUGCUCACUGUGGCAUUCGCCCACCUGGCUAUGAAAACUUGUGAGGGGAAGGCAAGAAGAGCAGAUGUCUUGAUCUUCCGAAGGUCUUUCAGGAGCCAUGGGAAUGCUUCAUCCUGCCUCUGUCCCUCACUCCCAACCCCUCCCCAUCCCCUUCAUCUGUUUUGUUAUUCAUUCAACUCAAAAAUU